UUCACACAUUGGCAAAAAAAAAUGGCGAUAUACUUUUUAAUUAAAAUUUAAUUUAUUAUCAUCAUUUUUAAUCAAAAACCUUACAAGGCGUAAACUGAAUUGGCUGGAUCACAACGUUCAUCAAUCACCAUCAUCAUCAUCAUCAUCAUUAAGCAAUAAAGUCCUCGUAUUUAAUAUAUAUUCAUCAAUCGGUGGUUACAAAAAAAAGAUACAUUCUAUAAAUACAAUACAACGCCCAUUGGAAAUCAUUUUUAUAUUCAAGUGUUUUUUUUUCCGGUACAACAAUUUUUUUUUGCAAUUAAAAGUUUUUUUGGAUUUUUUCAAUGUUUUUUUCAAAUUUUUUUUAUUAUUUUUCGCGGGGCCAUCCUAUGUUACUAUGACGUAAUCACGUGAUUAGAAGCCGGCAUGCAUAGACAGCCAGACGCUAUUUUUUUUUUUUUUGAUUUUAUGUUUUCUGUAAACAGGAAUCUUUUUUUUUUCUUGCCAUAUGGCAUCAUCAUUUUCAAUAUAAAUUUCGAAAUUUUGUUUCCAAAACUUUGCUUAUUAUCGUCCAUAAAAGGACUUUGAUCGUGUUUUAUCAUCAUCUCUAUUUAUUGACAUAAAUACUGUUCUUUAUUAGAAAAAAUGUCAAUCGAUUUAAAUAAAAGUUUUUGAUUCAACACAUCGCUAUUUAAUGAUUCUCUAUGUAAAAAAAAAUCUAGAUCAUCAUCAUCAUUUUAAUCUGAAUAAAUCCUGCCUGAUUGAUUAAUCAUGUUAUCAAUUUUAAGAUUCAUAUCAAUUGAACCUGUAGUAUUUUUCUAUGUGUUGGCCAUAUUUGCCGAAUAUGAUGUUGUCGGGGAUUUGUUCUACGUUAGUAAAUGUAUUGAUCAUCUGAAAUUGAAUGCUACGGAUCAAUUACAUCUGUGUACUGAAGAUCUUAAACAUAAUAAAAGUUCAGAAAUAUCUAAUGCCGUUUCGAAAGAAGCUAAUGAUGCUCAAAAAAUUUAUAAUGGUAUUCUUUAUGCUACCUCGAUCAUUUCAUCAUUCAUUGCAGCUACAUAUGCAGAUAGACAAAGUAAAUUCUGGCCAAUCAUUAUUCCAAUAAUUGGUUCAGCCAUCGUUCAGUUGUUUGUUCUGGGCUCAUUGUUCAAUAAUUUUAGUGAUGAAAUUCCAUUCCUAUUUCAAUCAAAUGGUUCAUUUAUCAUAUUCAUUUGUUCAUGUAUAUCGGGUAUCACCGGUGGAACAUCGACAUUAUUGGCAAGUUGUUUUGCACAUGUUGCCGAAAAAUGUCCACAAUCACAACGAACAUCAAGAAUUACGAUCGUUGAAGCAUGUCUUUUUGGUGGUGGAUUUUUUGGCUUCACUUUUGCCGGUGCCAUUCUUCGUAGAUAUCCAAAUUCAUUGAAUCGUUAUAAUUUGAAUUUUGGUUUAUUCUUGACCGCACAUUUGCUCAUGUUAUUCUAUGUGAUCAUAAGACGUCGAAUGUUUUCGAAGCCUAAUCAAACACAGUCAUCACAAGUUAGCUAUGCUAUGUUAUUUACAUCGGUAUUUCGUACAAUAACACGUCAACGUGUUUAUCGUUAUCAACGACGCGUCAUCUGUCUAAUUUUGUUAGCAUACAUUGUUAUUUCCUAUUGGACUGUUGCUAUCACUACUAUGUUGUUUAUCUAUACAAGAAAUCUUUUGCAAUGGCCAUCAUGGAAAUAUUCAUAUUUCAGUAGCGCUAAAUUUGGUCUUUGUGGAAUUUUUCUAUGUCUAUUGCCUAUUGUUCAAUAUUUACUUGGUAUCGGAAAAUUGGCCAUCGGUAGCUAUUUUCAGAAACCAUUAAAUGAUGGAACAUUGAUUACGAUUGGUUUAUUAUCACGAACAUUGACCAUCGUUUUGAUUGGACUGUCAUCAGUAGCAUCGAACGAUUUGUUUAUGAUUUUGGCACUAGUAUCAAUCAUUUUUGCUGAAUAUCCAAUACCAGCUAUUCGUUCGAUGAUUACGAAGAUUGUUGAACCGAACGAAAAAGCACAAAUGUUUGCCGUUCUAGCAGCUAUACAAUCUAUCUGUUUUUUUACUGGUGGCAUCGGUUUCUUAGCGAUUUACAAUGCCGUUUUGGGACAAAUUUUCAGUGGACCAGGAUGGAUAUUUAUUAUCGUUGGCUUUUUACAAUUACUUUCAAUGUUCAUAUUCUGGUACAUUGAAUAUCUGCUCUAUCAAUCAAAUGCCGAACAAAUGUCUAUUACAUCACGAAUGCCCAAUACUAACAUCAGUGAAUUAGAACAAAAUGAAUAGAAAAUCAUCGAUUGUUUAAAAUCAAAAACAAUUGUUAACAAUAAAAUAAAAAAAAAUUUAUUUUACCAAUCAAUUUACA